GAACAUUUUCAUCACCCUAAAAUGUACAGAAUAAGGGUAAGUCAUGGGAAAAUCACUGCGGGUAGGGAAGCAGUUGGACGGUGGGUUCCCAGUUCCCACUGCUGCAGGGGCUGGACCCCAAUGCCCCCUCCUCCCAUACCCCGCUCUCUGGGCCGAUCCCAACUGGCAACAUGCCCUCCCCCAAACCCCAACUGCCAAGACACCCUGAGAGCCUCACAAGUGUCCCUGAGAAGGUGGAGAGAGGCUGCAGGCACUGACCUGCCUUCAGCUUCCUGCUUGGCAAACUCCAAACAGUUUCACUUUUCUUUUCUCCGAAGACUGGCCCCGUACUGCGUGUAUCAAAGCACAGACUUCCUGUUUUGCCUGCUGGCAUCUCCCCGUAAAUCUCCCAGUCUUUCAGGAGUGAUCCCUGGCCCAGUCCCUGGAACCUGGAAAAGGGCAGGAACAACAAGCCCAGCGUCGAGGAUGUUCACCAUGACAAGAGCCAUGGAAGAGGCUCUUUUUCAGCACUUCAUGUACCAGAAGCUGAGGAUCGCCUAUGCCAUACACAAGCCAUUUCCCUUCUUUGAAGGCCUCCUAGACAACUCCUUCAUCACUCAGAGAAUGUACAUGGAAUCUCUGGAAGCCUGUAGAAAUUUGGUCCCCGUAUCCAAAGUGGUGCACAACGUUCUCACCCAACUGGAGAGGACUUUUAACCUGUCUCUUCUGGUGACAUUGUUCAGUCCAAUUAACCUGCAUGAAUAUCCCAAUCUGGUGACGAUUUACAGAAGCUUCAAACGUGUUGGUGAACAGCAGAGCAGAGCUUCCUGUGAACAGCAGAGCAGAGGCACACCAAUCCUACUUGAAGCCCCAACUGACCUAGCAGGAGGAAGCUCCCUGCCUACCCUGCUGCCGCUGCCCCCACCACAAACCCCUCAACCAAGCUGUUCAUCCUGUGCACCAAGAGUCAGAGAGCCUGGAACAUCCUCACAGCAAAGUGAUGAGAUCCUGAGUGAAUCACCCAGCCCAUCUGACCGUACCCUGCCUCUUCCUGGACUCAUCCAGGAAGGAAGGAACUCUCCAGUGACCAGUGACAAGUUAACACCCAAAAUGAAUGAGGAAGAAGACUCAAAAGAGAUGCCCAGCCUCCUCGCUAGCACUGUGCAAGUGGCCAGUGACAACCUGAUCCCCCAAAUAAAAGAUAACGAAGGCCUUCAAGAGAUGCCCCGCUCCCCCUCAGGCCCUAUGCCAGAGAUAAGAGAUGAUUCUCUAGAACCAAAUGACUCAGAAGAGCCCCAGGAGGUAUCCAGCACACCUUCAAAGAAGAAAGGGAAGAAAAGUAAAAGAUGUAUCUGGUCAACUCCAAAAAAGAGACAGAAGAAAAAAAACCUCCCAAGAGGGACAGCCUCACCUAGACAUGGAAUCAAAAAGAAGCUCAAAGUGGUGGAUCGGGUUCCUCAAAAGAAAGAUGACUCAACUUGGAAGUCCACAGUAAUGACAAGGGCCCAGAAGGCGAGAACUCAGCAUGCCCCAAAGUCUAGAUCAGAAGAGAUCAGUGAUGGCACUUCAAAAUUGAAUGAAGGAAAGAGAUACCAAGAGACGCCUAGCACACCAUCAAGGGUCAAGCAAGAAAAGAGGAGAAAAGAAUAUGGCCUGUCAAGUUCAAAAAGAAAGCAGAAUAAAAAACUCCCAAGAGGGGCAACUUCGCCUGGGCAUGACAUCCAAGAGAAGCUCCAAGUGGUAGAUAAGGUGACUCAAAGGAAAGAUGACUCAACCUGGAGCUCAAAAGUCAUGACGAGGGUCCAAAAGGCAAGAAUUGAAUGUACCCAGAAGUCCAGAUUGGAAGAAAACCUCAAAAGUGACACUGUGGAUUUUCACUGGUCUGAGCUCCCUGUGACCUGUGGUGAGGCAAAAGGGAUUUUAUAUAAGGCGAAAAUGAAACACGGAUCCUCAACGAAGUGCAUUCAGAAUGAGAACGGAGCUUGGCUCACACCAAAAGAAUUUGAAAUUGAAGGAAAAGGAAGAGACACAAAGAACUGGAAACGGAGUAUACGUUGCAGAGGAAAGCCCCUAUUAGAGCUGCUGAAGUGGAAAAACUCGGAUCAAUGCGAGGUGUGCUGUAAAGGGGGACAACUUCUCUGCUGCGGUACUUGUCCACGAGCCUUCCAUGAGGACUGUCACAUCCCCCCUGUGGAAGCCAAGAGGACCCCCUGGAGCUGCACCUUCUGCAGGAUGAAGAGGUCUUCUGGGAGCCAGCAGUGCCAUCGUGUAUCUAAGAUCCUGGAGAGGCGGAUGCAGCCUCAGGAACAGUUGAAAUGUGAGUUCCUCCUCUUGAAGGCCUACUGUCACCCACAAAGCUCCUUUUUUACUGCCAUCCCACUUAAUAUUCGAGAUUAUGGUGAGCCCUUUCAGGAAGCGAUGUGGUUGGACCUGAUUAAGGAAAGGCUGAUUACGGAAAUGUACACGGUGGCAUGGUUUGUGCGAGACGUGCGCCUGAUCUUUCGCAACCAUAAAACAUUCUACAAGGCUUCUGACUUUGGCCAGGUAGGACUUGACUUAGAGGCAGAAUUUGAAAAAGAUGUCAAAGAUGUGUUUGGUUUUCACGAAGCCAAUGAUAGCAGUUUCCGGACCCCUCCUUGACCCUGUUCUGGAAAGGCUGAAGCAUCCCAACCUCAGGAUCCAGCUGAUUAGGCCCUGGCUUGGACUGUUGAUCACCAGCGAGUCUGGGAUGUAAUUGGCUGCUCUCAGGACCCAAACCCAGACCCUUCAUAGGAUUAUCACACCCUCCACCACCUUUAUUCUUUCUCUUUGCCUUUGAAAGGCUGUAUCGACACUUAGAAAGGAAUUCGCACCUCCUUAACACCAUCAGAUACCCCAUCAGAGUGCAUAUUCUCCCGGGUUUUUAGAGUUGAUUUGUUCAAAUCAGGAUCUAAACAAGUUUCACACAUUGCAUUUGGCUCAUCUGUCCCUGUCUAUUUUAAGCUAUAAAUUGCCAUGUAUUUACUGAAGAACUCAGGGUUUUUGUCCUAUUAAAUUUUUAGGAUUUUCUGGUUGCAUUUUCUUAGUGGUACAUUCCUCUCUUCCUCUCAUUUUUUGUAAACAAAGUCAGACCUAGAAGCUUGCUCGAACUCAGGUUUUGAGGGGUUUGUUUUGAUUUGCAGGGGCUUUGGCACACAGGCGUCACGGGGGAAUUUGGGAUUAUUUUUAUGUUAAGUUUGGCAGCAGGUGCAGGUGUUAUCAGCCUGAUCAUUUAUCACCAUGGUUUUAGCAAUACCUUAAUCCGUGAUAUCAUCAGGGGUUGCAAAAUGAUGAGAUUCAGAUUUUAUUUUUUUACAUCAUUAUUAGUCAGAAUUCUUCUGCAAACAGCUUCUCUUUUACAAUGUUUGGGGUCAGGAGCAGUGGCUCAUGCCUGUAAUCCCAGCACUUUGGGAGGCCGAGGUGGGCGGAUCACAAGGUCAAGAGACGGAGACCAUCCUGGCCAACAUAGUGGAGUCCUGUCUCUACUAAAAAAUACAAAAAUUACCCGGGUGUGGUGGCACAUACCUGUAGGCCUAGCUACUUGGGAGGCUGAGGCAGGAGAAUCACUUAAUCAUGGGAGGCAGAGGUUGCAGUGAGCCAAGAUUGCGCCACUGCACUCCAGCCUGGCAACAGAGUGAGACUCCAUCUCAAAAAAAAAAAAAGAAAAGAAACAAUAUUUGGUUACCUUGAAAUAGGGGUUAUACAAAAAGAUAGGAUAAAUGCUUUUUAUUAUUGUUAUUAUUUAGCAAUGUUCAAAAGAAUGAAUUGACUUCCUAAUAUCCUCUAAAGGUGACCAGAGAUUUUUUAAAAUUAUCUUGAAACUACAUAUUUAAAUGCUAAUACCUUUAUUGAUGCUUGAGUUGCCCACUUUUUUUUUUUUUUGAGACGGAGUCUUGCUCUGUCACCCAGCUUGGAGUGCAGUGGCAUGAUCUCAGCUCAGUGCAACCUCCUCCUCCUGGGUGCAAGCAAUUCUCCUGCAUCAGCCUCCUGAGUAGCUGGGAUUACAGGCAUGCACGAGUUGCCCACUUUUAGUGAAAUCUCCUCAAUUUGACUCCUGAAUUGUUUUGAAAUGAUCCCAGCACUCUUUGAUGGUGUAUUAGCUAUCUACUGCUUUGUAACAAAUAACCUCAAAGCUUAGCUGCUUAAAGGAAAGAAACAUUUUAUUGCUCACUAUUCUGCAGGUCAGGAAUUCAGGCAGCGUCCAUGGGGAUUGUUACCUUUGUUCCACAUGGUAUUGACACAUCCCAUUUAUACUUGCUCAGUGUCACUUCUGCCACAUUCUAUUGGUCAAAGCAAGUCACAGGGCCAGCCUCAGAAGAAGAAAGAAUUGAUCUUACGUCUUGUGGAAUGAGUGGCAAUGUCACAUUUCAAAGGAGAAUGUUGCUUGGGAAGAAACAUCGUUGCUUCCAUCUUUAGAAGCAAUCUACCAUAGUUCACCCUCUGGCCACAGUAGUUCACAUCUUUCCCAUAUGCAAAAGACACUUCUCUCCCCGCAGAAGUCUGACUCUUUGCAGCACUGGAACAAAGUCCAGGACCUCAUUAUCUAAAUCAGGUUCAGAUCAAAUAAGGCUUCUUGGGGCUGGUCACAGUGGCUCACACCUGAAAUCCCAGCACUUUAGGAGGCCGAGGCAGAUGGACCACUUGAGUCCAGGAGUUCGAGACCAGCCUGGGCAACAUGGCAAAAUCUCAUGUCUACAAAAUAUGUUUUUAAAAUUAGCUGGGCAGCUCAGGUGGAAGGAUGAGUCACAGUGAGGCAAAAAUGCAGCACUGCAUUUCCAGCCUGGGCCACAGAAAAGAAAGAAAGAAAGAAAGAAAGAAAGAGAGAAAGAAGGAAGAAAAAGAAAGAAAAGAAAGAGAAAGAGAAAGAAAAAAGAAAAAGGAAGGAAGGAAGAAAAAAGGAAGGGAAAGAAGAAGGAAGGAAGAAGAGAAAGAAGGGAAGGAGGGAGGGAGGAAGAAAGGAAGAAAAAAGAGAGGAAGGAAGAAAGAAAAGAAAGGAAGGAAGGAAAGAAAGAAUGAAUGAAUGAACAAGGAAGGAAGGAAGGAAAUAGGCUCCUCGGGCGUGGUUCAUUGGGUGCAGCUCCUUGGGCGCACCUCCUCUUGAACUAGAGACCUGUGAGCUGAAAAAUUGUUUCUCCCUUGCUGCCGACAUUCAGUGAUGAAAACAGGGACAGAAUAACCACUAUAGACGCUUCCGUUUAAACCGCGGAAAAGGAAGCAGGAGUCACUUGUUUACAGCAAUUCUGAAAUCCAGUCAAGCACAUGUUGCUAGUUCCCCCUAAUCCCAGGGCAGGAAAUUUUCCUUGAUACAUGAUUUAUAUGUAUUACACACCUCUAAUUCCCAUCUAACCCCACAGGCUUCUCCGUGUCUCCCUCCGUUCUGUGCUGGUCUCACUUCUCCAAAGUGAGAAGUUUACUCACUUGCUCAAUCCUCAGGUCCCACAAUAAAAGUUAACAGAAUUUCAACACUCAGACCACUGUGAAAAACAAAUGAAAUUGGUUUCUAAAUGUCUGUGGAGUUUAUUUUUGUUUGUUAUAGAUAUAAUAUACCAUUGCAGAGGUUAUUUAAAAUACCAUUGUAAAGGGCAUUUAAUAGCCUUGCGGAGGAUUUUGCAUUUGUAUUUAUAAAUGAGACUGGUCUAUAGUUUUUACAUAGUGUCACGGUGAGAUUUAUGGUUAUCCUAGCUCAGUAAAAUAACGUGUCAAAUUUUCUACCUUUUAAUAUGUGCUGGAAUAAUUUAUAGUGUUUUAAAGUAACCAAAAGUAUGUGACCCAGAGUUCACUGGGGAGAUGGUAUUGACCACACUAUAUGCUUUUUUUAUGGUUGUUAGACUAUGCAGAAUUCUG